AUGUUCAACUUCUUCACCUUUGUUUUGGUAGCAAGCGCCUUAUCCAUGGCUACCGUGGAUUGCAGAAUACCGAUUGGCAUCGAAAGGAAUUUGGGGGCAAGCAAGGUCGAGUCUGUCUACAAGCCCCUACAGGUUACCCGAGCCCAAGUUCUUGACAAGAGACACUUGACCCAGCUACCCGAAAACGACAACUCAACUGACUUCAAACCAACCCCAGUAAUCCCGCAGAAAGCCACUGACAACGCCCAGAAAACACCUGAAAAACUUAAUCGACGAACCUUCGGGCUUUUUUCUUUCAAGCAAAUCCGAGUGCACGCAUACCUUGUCGAAUGUCUCAAUGGAAUAUUGCCCCAUGUGCAACUGAUUCGAAACCUCUGCGCUCAAAGAUUCAAUGGGAAUCCCGAAAGACUUGGUUGGAAUUUGGUUGCUGAGCUGCGAAUAAUCCUCGAUAUAUUGAAUGGUUGUCUGGCCAAAAUCAAAGACUGCGGAAGAGCCCCAUCUCCAAGUGGUGUUCCAGGUGGAAGGGUUCCUUCACUUGGAGAUAUUUGCCAAAUUUUGUUCAGAAUCAUGUGUGAAAUCAAAGAUUGCUGCGUGGUUAUUGCAGCACUUUGUGUCAAAUACAACAUUGUCCGCCAAAUUUGCCAUGGCUGCCUCUCAAGCAUUAUCAUCAGCCUGGCCGGCGAGGUGGGCAAUGUGUACACUGGUCUAGGAAACCUUUUCGCCACCAUUCCUCACUUCUUUAUCGGUGUGCAAUUCGGCUUCCAUGCGAUCCCCGGCGUGCUCGGAAACGGCAACGGUUUCUUCUCUUUCAAUGCAUUCCUAUAG